CAGCUCCUUGUCCAGGAAGCAAGCGUCGAGAACGCGAGGGCUUUGACAGGAGGAACGCUCGCUUGACAGCUCCGUUCUCGUGCACGGGCGGCCACCGACUGGCUAGUUCCUCUAAUAACCAGGCGUGGAACCGAUCGUCGCUGUGGUGCAUUCACGUUCGAGGAAACGAUCCGAGCAGGAGAUUAGAGCUCGAAGGAUGGCAUAGACCUACAAUUGGACGGCAGCAUGUGCUAUGUGAUAGUCACUGGUCGUAGCUUGCUGUGGACGCUGUUGUCCCUGGUGGCGUUAAUGGCGGUUUUAUCGGGCCUCAUCACUCCGAAAUGGCUGAUUGGACCGCAGAUGAAAGAGACAAAGAAUGAAUCAGAAUUGUUCGUACCAACGGUCGGAAUCUUCAAUCGUUGCAUCAGGCUACACGGGAAAACUCACUGCGCGAAUUUCAACGUGGAUGGCUUCGCCACGGAUUCCAGUGUGUUUCCAGGCUGCUGGAAAGCCUCUUACUUCUUCCUCUCUCUUGGUUUGGCGAUCAUGGCAAUGACGGUGUUGGCAGCGUUGGUUGGCUGCUGCAUGCAGAGCAUUGGCAGAAAGAGCAUCUUCAACUUGGCUGGUGUCGCGCAAGUUAUUGCUGGAAUAUCUUACUUGUUGGGAAUGAUUCUGUAUCCCGCCGGCUGGGGUGCAGAAAGGGUUCAGAGGAUCUGUGGACCGGAAGCUGACGCUUUCUACCUCGCCGAGUGCACCCUAGGUUGGGCUUUCUAUAGCGCCGUGACAGGGGUUGGGCUGACGUUUGUUUGCGCAGUGAUCAGCGGACAAGCGGAGAAGUCCACGGCCAGUGACAAAGUUCAGGACAAGAUGAACGAGGGCAAAACUUUGAUUUGCCUCGCGUGAAACGAGAAAACCUGGGGCACGUAUUUCAUCGCUGAUUUCCAAAUAUCCACGU